AUGCUCGCCACCAGCACCUUCUAUCCUCAACAUCUCUACAUGCCCCCGCGGCCUUCGCCACUGUCCGAGCGCUCCGCGAAUGCGGUCCCGCGCCCUUUCCAACUCAGCAUGCCCCUACCGGUGCAGGACGAAAAUAAACCCUUGGUGCCGCAGCGUGCGUACAAGCCGAACCCAGUCGUGCAGACGCGUGAUGCCGCGACAAAACGGCGACGCGAUAUGUUCUUCAAGCGGGUGCAGAAGGGUCGGGACGACAAGAAGUGGGAUGCGAGGAGCGAUCAGAUUCAACGUCUAGAUCAUAUUUCCGAGCAGAAGCGCUGGGAGGCCGAGAAGGCGCGUCAGGCUCCGCAGAUUCACGACGAUCUAAUCGAGGAAGACAUCGAAGAGUUCACAUCAUCACUACCGGAGCAGGAGCUGGAGGAAGUGGACUAUGUUCUCGCGCAAGAAGAGCGCGAGAUGCAGGAGUUGGUUGCCUCGAUGGAGGAAGAGCAGGACGCGUCCCAGCACUAUGGCAGCGAUGACGAGGACUACGAUCAGCUCUUUAUAGAGUACACGUCGGCGUCCGCAUUACAUCAACAACAGCAGCAGCAGUCUCACCACGCUGCGAGCGCGAACUUCGAGAGUCUACCCGACGCAGACGCGAUGGAUUUGAGCUGA